AUGACAUGUUGUCGAUGUCUUAAUGUCAAACCUGUGUAUGGGGCACAGCAUCCUCCACUCAUGCAACCUGCUGCAUCACCAACAAAAAAUGUCAGUGGUACAAAAACUGCACAAGCUCGACAGAAGAAACAGUCUUCAUUUGAUGCAUUCAGGAACCGGACAAAUGAUGCAUGGGAGGAGCCAGAUCCAUGGGAUGUCGGAGAACCGGAUGAUGUAGAGCUGUCAGAUUCCGAAGAAGUUAAAUUGUCUCCCCAAUCUCGACACCCUGUUUUGACCGGUUUAGUGGGAGUUUCAGAUGAAGCACGAGAGAGGGUGGGCUCAGGCAGAGCAGCUCAAUUAGGCGACAAGCAAGAGAGGAGUGGGAGCGGCCGGGGCUCUGGAAGUCAACACAGUGGGACAGGGACAAAGGAGUUAAAGAAGUUGGUUUGGGGUGGAAUACCCGUAACGGUUCGUCCAACGACUUGGAAACUUCUUUCUGGCUAUUUCCUGUCGAAUGUUGAAUGGAGGCAGUCCACAUUAGAACGCAAGCGGAAAGAGUAUGAACGAUUUGUGUCACGGUAG